AUGGUGCCUUUAGCAUGGCUUUGUAGACAUUUGAGGCCAGAUCUGGAAGCAAACCCAGAAAUCCCUGUUGAUGCAUUGCAAAGGAUGUGCCUGGAGAGGUUUAGGAUCCAAGUAAAGUUCAGGCUAUUUUACAAAGUGAAGUGUUUGGCCAGGGAAAAAAUUCAUGGUGGUUUUUCCCAGUCCUAUGCUCUCUUACCAAAAUAUGUUGAGAUGAUAAAGGCCACCUAUCCUGGCUCAUAUGCUCUCAUUACUUGGACUAACAGUGGGGGCAAUAGUGAAAAGUUUAAGGCAUGUUUCAUCUCUUUUGCAGCUCAGGUGAAAGGGUUCUUGGGUGGCUGUAGACCCAUUAUAGGGAUUGAUGGUGCCCAUCUCAGUGGCUAUUACAAAGGAGUCAUGCUCACUACAGUGUCCAUUGAUGGCAAUAAUGAGAUUUUUAAGAUAGCUAAUGGUCUGGUUGAUACAGAGAGUAUAGACAGCUGGACUUACUUUUUCAGAAACCUAAGGCUCUUUUUUGCACAAUAUGGAUCUGAAAGGGAUGACUGGACUUUUAUAAGUGACAGGAUGAGGGGUGUUGAAUCAGCUCUUUUUGAGGUAUUCCCAAGAGCAACUAGGAAGGUAUGCUCCAAUGCAUACAAUGCAUAUGUGUAUGACAAGGCAAUGUCAAAGAUCGAGAAAUAUGAUGUAGCAGCAUUUGAUUACCUUACACCUACUGCAGAGCAAUGGAUUAGGUACAUGUUUGACAGAAUAAUUUUUUGUGAUCAUAACACAACAAACUUUGUCGAGUCAUUCAACUCAUGUACAAAGGACAACAGAGAUUUGCCUGUCCUGACUUUAAUGGAAGCUGUAAGGAAUUGGUGCAUGAAAAGGAUGGGUUCUAGGUUUGAAAAAGCAAUUGAUAUGGAUCCUAAUGAGCUAACAGAGUUUGCUAAGGGAGUUUUGGAGAUAAGAAGUGAGGAGUCCAGAUUGUGUCAUGUGAUAGCAGCUGGUGGUGGAGAGUUUGAGGUCAGGGAUGGGCAUGUGAAGUUCUCUGUCACACUUCAGACAAUGACCUAUGGUUGUGGGAAGUGGCAAGGGUUAGGAAUACCAUGUAGACAUGGUCUAAGGGUCAUAUACAGCCAAAGACUUCAAGCUAGAGAUUAUGUGUCACCAUACUUCAAGGGAGCUGCUUACAAGCUGACUUAUGGAGACCACAUCCAUCCCAUGUCAGAUCCAAGUCACUGGCCAGCAUUUGAUGUGCCUGAAAUAGCACCACCAACUGUCAAAAGAGCUGCAGGUAGACCAGCUAAGUAG